GAGAACCAGUUAUUUUUAUUCGUUUGCCUUUUGACAUCUUCAUUGUAUAUUUGUUUACAUUGGACACUGGAGUUUUAGGAUGGGUGCUAUGAUGAAAGUUUAAUUAAAACGUGACACCAUAUUAAGAAAUAUGGCUGCUGUGGCCAGCACAAGACGGCUUCGUAUGUCCAUGACUGAUGAAAAUCUUCUUGAAGCUAUCGGAAUACAGAAAUUUACUGUAAAAGGGAAGAGUGAAGAAGAGGUGUUGGAGGAAUAUAAUGACAAAUUUAGUAAAGGAGCAAAAGGUCAAGACAUCAGACUUUUCAUACCAGAUAAAGAUUUUUUUACGCCAAUGGGAAAGCCAAAGAGAGGUGACUGGCUAGCAGAACACAAGGAAUCUGGUCAAACUUACAAGCAGUUUAUGACAGGUGGGUAUCGAGGCCCUGACAAGAUUCACAACACUAUUUAUCUUGCACCAAUUGCAUUUAAAGAGGAACCUAUACCUGAUGAAGUUAUUGAUCCUCUUAAAAGAUUUGCGGAAAUCUUCUUCGGAGUAAAAGUAGAAUGUUUAAAGCAACGCAACUUACUAGGUAAAGUGACAGAUAGGUUGAACGAUGGUGUUUUUCAAGCUCAGGCUGGUAAAAUACUUGACAGACUUGAUGAAAAAGUGCCAAAAGAUGCAUUCUGUGUGGCCGGAAUAACAUUGUGCGAUUUAUAUCCGAAGAAAGAAUGGAAUUUCGUAUUUGGAUUGGCGCGUUCACCUGGCCGGACAGGUGUUUACUCAUUAGCUAGGUACCUUUCAAAUUUUGGAGAGAAUGAAACUACUCAAAUAGAUCUAGACUGUGAUCCCAUAUCUACCAUAUUAGUGCGAGCAUGUAAGACAAUGUGCCAUGAGAUGUGUCACAUGUUUGGACUGCGUCACUGUAUUCACUUUAUGUGCCUAAUGAAUGGUUCUAAUCAUUUAGCGGAAUCUGAUUCCCGGCCCAGCUUUCUGUGUCCCAUUUGCCUUAGAAAACUACAGCAUGUGUGUAAAUUUGAUAUUAUACAGCGCUACAUGGACAUGAAGACAUUCUGGUCAGAGCAAGGAUUGAAAGAACAAGCAGACUGGUUGGAAAGGAGAUUAAAUAAACUGUUGUCAUGAGUUUUCCUGACUCAAAACAAAGAUUUUUAAACCAGACUAUGGUACUUAACCAAACUGAAAAAGUCAUAUUUUUUAUCUCUUGCAUUAUUAUAAUUAGUAAGUAAUUACACAUUGUUUAUAUUUUAGGGGUCGAUUUUAGUCAAAAUAGGGCACCACUCAAACUUAUAUUUUCCCCAACUUUGUUUAAAAAAAAUCAAUAUUUUAUACAUAGAUCUGAAUUUUUUACAUACUUUCCCUUUUGAGAUUAUACAAAAAGUAUCUGACACAGAAAUUAAAUCCAGAUAAGAAUUAAAUUAAUAAUGUACCGCAUAAAGAAAAUGCUGGCUGUUCAGUGCCAAUUGAAAUGAUUUACCAAGUCUUAUGAAAGCCUAGAGUUUCAAAUUUGGAUCUGGGAACAAAUAAAAAGAUCUGACUGUCUGCCUAAUAUGAGAUCUGACUGUCUGCCUAAAUAUAUUACAUUUAUAAAGAGAUCUGACUGU